GGAGUUUCGGGGCGAUUUUGGUAGUUGGAUUUUUGAUUUAUUAAUUUAUUCGGGAGGAGACUCCGAUGUGCAGUAAAGUGUGUUGUAAGCGCAGCACUGCCUUGCCCAUGCCACAUCAUUCCAUGGUAUCCACGUGUUGAGUUUGAGGGUUUCGCUUUCUGAGACUCCUGAGACAUAGUAGCGGAGUCGGAGCCGUUUAGCUCAGACAUCGUCCCUUUCGUCCCUCCUUGUUUGGUGAGCCUGGGACUGUUCGGGGACGCCUUUACUUGGUUCUUCUCCCUCUGCACACACUCUGAUCAAUGUGUUGAGCACUCUUCUCUCGUGUGAGAAGCCGUCCAAUUAGCACCGGCCGACAGGAGACUUCCGUUUUUUUUCCUUGGAAGGUCUUCGUGUUGGUUCUCUUUCUCUUUCUUACGCAGAUAAUGGAUCAAUGUGUCAAAAUGCGUAGUUCUUCAUUCUGGGGUUUGAACCUUCGCCGUGCAUAGCGGACUUGCUUGCUGCUUGUUGAAGCGCGACUUCUUCGAGAAAAGAUGUCGGGCUCUGUAAUUAUUUUUUUUUAGCAGAGAGCGUUCACCCUGUGUACUGCGCAUAUCUGUCGGAUUUUGAGCCCGCAAAAGGCGGUUUUUGAGGAGGAUCAACGCUGGUUCUACUUUGCUGGACGCACCUGUUGGAAGAGUUUUCCGUGGUGGGCGAGCUCAGGCUGUCACUUCUCGUGUAAAAUUGUACUUCACUUCUAUUGCAAUCUCGGGCGAAACGUGAAAGACCUACUGCCUUGCGGCUUUGGAGUUGCUCGAGUAUCAGCAAAAUUGUGAUAUAAAAAUGAUGCAGAUGCUGGGAUUACGAGGCGGGACGCCUGUUAAGGCCAAGGUUGAAGAAACGACGACCUCCUCAGUUACCAAUGCAUCCCCUUCCAAUGUACAGCAUACUACUACUACUACAAUGAUGCAAGCUAUUACACCGAGCCCUGUGACAGGUCAAAAGGCCCGAGCCUUGCGCCUCGUCUAUUGUGAUGAAAGGGGGCAAUUCAGGAUGGAUGCGGAAGCUGUCGCAGCGUUGCAGUUAGUUAAAGGGCCUCUGGGCGUGGUUUCCGUUUGUGGACGUGCACGUCAGGGGAAAAGUUUUAUUCUCAAUCAGCUUCUUGGACGAAGCAGUGGUUUCCAAGUGGCUCCUACUCACAGACCUUGCACGAAAGGGUUGUGGAUGUGGAGCACUCCUAUAAAGAGGACAGCACCAGAUGGAAGUGAAUACAGCCUACUACUAUUGGACAGCGAGGGCAUUGAUGCUUAUGAUCAAACGGGAACGUACAGCACUCAAAUUUUUUCACUUGCUGUCCUUUUAUCAAGCAUGUUUAUUUACAACCAGAUGGGAGGAAUUGACGAAGCAGCUCUAGACAGGCUUUCUCUUGUAACGGAAAUGACUAAACAUAUCCGUGUCAGAGCCUCUCAAGGACAAACGAGUGCAGCUGAACUGGGACAAUUUUCGCCUCUCUUUCUGUGGCUGCUGAGAGAUUUUUAUUUGGAUCUAACGGAGUUAGGACGACGGAUAACUCCUCGCGAUUAUUUGGAAUCAGCCUUGCAGCCUGUGGGAGGUUCAGGCAAAGCAAUUGCUGCCAAGAAUGAGAUCCGAGAAUCGAUUCGAGCAUUAUUUCCAGACCGUGACUGCUUCACUUUAGUGAGGCCACUCAACGACGAGCGCGACUUGCAGCGGCUUGAUCAAAUCCCUAUGGACAGAAUGCGCUCUGAGUUUCGCUCUGGGCUGGAUACACUGACUAAGUAUGUGUUCGAGAGAACACGCCCCAAGCAGUUAGGUUCCACCAUAAUGAAUGGCCCCAUGUUGGCUGGACUUACACAGUCAUUUUUGGAUGCGUUGAAUGCGGGUGCGGUACCAACGAUUGCGACUUCUUGGCAGAAUGUUGAAGAAAACGAAUGCAGACGUGCGCAUGACAUGGCUGUGGAAAAUUAUCUUCGAAUGUAUGAUAAGACUACACCUCCUGAAGAGAAUGCUUUGCAAGAUGCUCAUGAAGCUGCAGUACAAGCUGCAUUGGCAACUUAUAACCACGAAGCUGUAGGUACUGGAGCCCCCCGGCUGAAGUACGAAAGGCAGUUGAUGGUUACCCUGAAAAAGCAAUUCGAGGAUCACAGGAAGAAGGUAUCGAUGGAAGCCGAACUGCAGAUUCUCCGACAAGUUGGUUCUAUGGAGGAAAGGUUUAGAUUAGCUUGUCAUGCUCCUGGAGCAACAUUUGAUCAGGCUCUUACGGUUCUAGAUACACUUCUUGCUGAAUAUGAGCAAUCAGCGUUUGGUGCUACGAAGUGGCAAAAGCUUGUGAAGCUGCUAAUGAAAAGUCUGAACGGCCCGCUACAUGACUUGGUCAAACGUGCGAGUGACAAAGCAGCAACAGAAUAUGCAACACUGGAAUUGAAGUUCAGAUCCUCCGCCGAGAGAAUAACAUUCAUCGAGAAGCAGACUGAGUCAGCUCAGAGAGAUGCACAAGAGUGGAAAAAGAGAUACGAAAGCUCUUUAGACACAUACAAGGCCUCUUCUGAAAAAGCUGCCGCUCAGUAUGCAGCUUUGCAAAGUAAGUACAGCUCGCUUGAAGAACGGCGCGCGAGUUUGUCCUCGCAACUCGAAGAAGCUAGAAAAGAGGUUGCUGAUUGGCGGAGCAAGUAUGAUCAUCUCCUUACAGAUAGGAAGUCUGAAGAUGAGAGAUUAAGUUCUGAGCAUGCCUCACUUCAAAGUCGGUGCACUUCUGCUGAAGCAAGGCUUGCUGCUGCAAGAGAACAAAGUGAAUCGGCAAAAGAAGAGGCGGCUGAGUGGAGACGCAAGCAUGACUCAGUUGUUGCAGAUUCACGUGCUGCUGUUGAAAGGUCCAAUGCUCUACGCGAGAGGGCAAACAAACAGCACCAGUUGCGAGAAGAUGCAUUGCGUGCAGAAUUUGCAUCAAGCAUCGCGGAGAAGGAUAGUGAAGUGAAGGAUUUGCAAACUAAGCUGGAGCAUGCAGAAAGAAGAGUUGCCGCAAUGACAACCCGGAUGAAGGACCAUGAAUCUAAAGCAAACUCACAAACGGAUGAAAUGGCGGCCUUGAAAGCAGAGGUUCGGCAUUUGCAGUCACUUGUCGACAAUACAAAGUCCUCUACUAUAACCAUGGAGAAGGAUUUGGAGAGCGCUCGGCAAGAGAGAGCUUUCCACGAGGAGAGGCUUCGUUCGGUUGGAAAGCGACUAGAAGAAGCGGAAGAAAAGUCGAGAAUAGCUGAGAGAGAAGCCAAGCGAGCUGUGGAGGUCGCAGAGAAAGCAAAGGAAGAGGCAACAAUGGCAGAAAGGGAUAAACUAGAGACUCAGACUCUAGCAGUAGAGCGACUGGCUGCUCUGGAAAGAGCCGAGCGCCGUGCGGAAGGAUUAGAGAGAGAAAAGAUCGAGCUUGCUCAGGAAUUGGAUCAAGUCAAGUAUGCAGAGUUGGAGGCAUCAUCAAGAGCUUCUGCUCUGGAAAGGAGACUUGAUGAACGCGAGCGAGAAAUGGAACAGCUUUUGAAAGCUUCGCAUGAGCAAAGGGCCAACACGGUUGAAGUCUUGGAAAGCCUCGUCGCAAGCGAAAGGGCUGCCCGAUCUGAAGCAAAUACGAGAGCGGAGUCCCUCUCGUUGCAGCUUCAGACUGUACAAGCAAGAUUGGAUUCGCUUCAGCAAGAAUUGACGACAGUUCGCAACCAUGAGACAGCAUUGGACAUGAGAUUGAGGACCUACCAAACGGAACCGGCUGGCACGGCUCGGAGCAAAAGACCUCGUCCUGAGACCGAUGAUACCGGCACUGGAGUUUCUGCGCAGGAUGAUUCUGGCUAGCACAGGAGGGUCGUGUUUUACAAGUGUCUUAGGGUGUACGGAAGAUGCAUCCUGUAGAUCUACUAAGAGUCAAUGAUGGAGGAAGAACCUACCUUCAGGGCAGGAUUGUUUGAGUUCCGCUAUCUUUCAAACUCAGCUUGAUGUCCACAAUUUGCAACCUGUAAUUAACACUUCCUGGUUACUACAUUUUCCCUCGAAAACCAGGAUCAGCAGAGAAGAGUGAGCGCAACCUCGGCUCUUUCCUUGAAAAGCUGAAGGCUGAGCUCUUCCCUGCUAGAAACGAAAAGACGGAGAACACUGAGUCGUGCCCUGUUGUAUGUGAAAAGCCAGAUCAAGGAGGCCGUUCUGAAACAGAUAAGAUGUCGUCCACCCAGAAUUCCUAAUGUCCAGUUAAUUGGAAUGAUAUUAAUUGGAUUGAUGUAGAUAGGGAACUCUUUCGAAUGAAGUUUUGUAGGAAAAAUGAGGGUAGUCCGAAACUUUCACAGGUUCCAGUUUAUAGGAAGUUCAUGGGUAGGCUGGCACCUGGAGAGUCAAUCUUGUACACUGUGCCACGCUACAUGUGGCACUCAUUACUUUCUGUUUCAUAACAAGUAGGCCUCAGCGGUUCCAGGUGCUAUUACGCGAGUGAUCGUUCUCAUGAAAAUUUUACUUGCAGUAGCGCUACUCAUCAUAAACAGUGUAGUGUGUUUGUUCAGAAGUAAGUCCAGUCCAUCUAAUUAGACUCAUGGUCGUACAUGAUAGGCUCGCAGUAUCUCAUAGCUGCGCACAGGCGUUUUGGCUGCAUCCGUAGCGCGAACAUAUCUUUAUUCUUUGCCUGGAUGUCCGCUUUCUUCAGGGUUAAACUGAUGCUACUUUUUCCUUUAGGUUGAGAUGAUCAUACAGUUGAGAUUUUUGCUGUCAUCACCUUACUGCACGUCCUACACACAAUUCCCUUUUUUAACAAAGAGCGUUUGAUCCUGCUGUCAGAACUUAUGUAAUAUAAAAUGCAGGAAAUUUGUCGGUGCUCAAAAGAAACACCAGAUGUAUAUGUCCCGUCCAUCCUAACAGUUAAUACUUUUCGAAAAGACUUGCGUUCGCACAUGCCGUCAGCCUUGACCAGAGCAAAAGAUUCCAAAUAUCCUCUCCUUAAAUAGAAACUGAUCGUACUUCAGUAUAUGUACCUGAAAUCUGUAAGCCGUCAUCUUUCAGGAUUGGGACAAGUUGGAUGUUGGGUUACUACUCAAGCAUGCGAUAAUUCACUCACAAGAAAAGCCUGGAGAUUCCAGUACUUGAUCUUCUCACCUUAAGUCACGAGGCGUUCAAGUAUUGGACAAAUUGUUCUAAGUGAACUAGAAUUCACGAUAAAUAAAUGGCGCACCAGGAGAGUAGAAAAUUCACUCACUGUUGAACUUAAACUUGCGUGUUGAGGCGAACCGUUUAACACAUUCCACGUCCUAGCUCUUGCAUAGAUCUAGGAUCUAGGAUCUAGGAGUUGAACACAUUUCACAAAUUAUGGAGUGGUCGGUGAUGGUGAAGAUGAUUGCUCCACGGUCGUAAUAUUUCCCAUGUUAGAAGUCUAGACGCUAAGGUAAAAUAAAAACCCACCGGCGAAUAAAUCCAAGGAUGGAAUAAAUCCAAGUGUCUGAUUGAAGGCUCAAAGUACUGUAGGCGUAGACUGUCGGACUACUGGAAAGAGUGUCGCCCUGCACGAAAGUAACACGCGUCAAAUGCUAACUAUUAUACAGAUGAACUGGUGAUGAAGGUGACAAGAGGAGCAGGGCCAGAGAGUCACGACGGCGAAAAGGAAAAGGCAUUGCAAGACAAAAGAUGGGGCGAGAGAGGCUCGAACUCUCGACCUCCGGAUUUCUCGGCUGCUAUGAGACCGACGCGCUAACCAACUGCGCCACCGCCCCA